CGCGGCCCGCUCUCCCCGCCCCGGCUCGGCUCCGGUUGCCCGCGCAGCCCGCCCGCCCGGGCCCAGCCGCUCUCCGGCCGCCGCCGGCAGACACAGCGCUCCGGCUCCGCUGGGCUCGGUUCGGCUGCGCGCUGCGGCCAUGCAGCGCCGGGGCGCCCUGUUCGGCAUGCCGGGCGGCAGCAGCAGGAAGACGGCUGCAGGAGACAUCGGCGAACUGCUGGUGCCCCACAUGCCCACGAUCCGCGUGCCCAGGUCCGGGGACAGGGUCUACAAGAACGAGUGCGCCUUCUCCUACGACUCCCCCAAUUCUGAAGGUGGACUCUAUGUAUGCAUGAAUACAUUUUUGGCCUUUGGAAGGGAACAUGUUGAAAGACAUUUUCGAAAAACCGGACAGAGUGUAUACAUGCACCUGAAAAGACAUGUGCGAGAGAAGGCAAGAGGGGCAUCUGGUGGAGCUUUACCAAAAAGGAGGAAUUCCAAGAUAUUUUUAGAUCUAGAUAUUGAUGACGAUUUAAAUAGCGACGAUUUUGAAUAUGAAGAUGAAGCCAAACUUGUUAUAUUCCCAGACCACUAUGAAAUAGCACUACCAAAUAUUGAGGAGUUACCGGCCCUGGUAACAAUUGCUUGUGAUGCCGUUCUUAGCUCAAAAUCUCCAUACAGAAAGCAGGACCCAGACACAUGGGAAAAUGAAUUGCCUGUAUCCAAAUAUGCCAAUAACCUUACCCAGUUGGACAAUGGAGUCAGGAUUCCUCCAAGUGGUUGGAAGUGUGCCAGAUGUGACUUGCGGGAAAACCUAUGGUUGAAUCUGACAGAUGGCUCUGUUCUGUGUGGGAAGUGGUUCUUCGACAGCUCCGGUGGCAAUGGCCAUGCUCUGGAACAUUACAGAGACAUGGGUUACCCUCUAGCCGUGAAACUGGGAACCAUCACCCCUGAUGGGGCAGAUGUUUAUUCUUUUCAAGAAGAGGAACCUGUUUUAGAUCCUCAUUUGGCCAAGCACCUGGCACAUUUUGGAAUUGAUAUGCUUCACAUGCAUGGGACAGAGAAUGGGCUCCAGGACAACGACAUCAAGCCGAGGGUCAGCGAGUGGGAAGUCAUCCAGGAGUCGGGCACGAAGCUGAAGCCCAUGUACGGCCCUGGGUACACGGGUCUGAAGAACCUGGGCAACAGCUGCUACCUCAGUUCCGUCAUGCAGGCCAUCUUCAGCAUCCCGGAAUUCCAGAGGGCGUAUGUAGGAAACCUUCCAAGAAUAUUUGACUACUCUCCUUUAGACCCAACACAAGAUUUCAACACACAGAUGACUAAGUUAGGACAUGGCCUUCUCUCAGGCCAGUAUUCAAAACCUCCGGUGAAAUCUGAGCUCAUUGAACAGGUGAUGAAGGAGGAGCACAAGCCCCAACAGAAUGGGAUCUCUCCAUGCAUGUUUAAGGCCUUUGUAAGCAAGAGCCACCCAGAAUUCUCCUCCAAUAGACAGCAAGAUGCACAGGAGUUUUUCUUGCACCUGGUGAAUCUAGUUGAGAGAAACCGCAUUGGCUCAGAAAACCCAAGUGAUGUUUUCCGGUUUUUGGUGGAAGAACGUAUUCAGUGCUGUCAGACCCGAAAAGUCCGCUAUACUGAGAGGGUGGAUUAUCUGAUGCAGUUACCUGUGGCCAUGGAGGCAGCAACCAACAAGGAUGAACUGAUCGCCUAUGAAUUAACGAGAAGGGAAGCAGAAGCAAACAGAAGACCCCUUCCUGAGUUGGUUCGUGCCAAGAUACCAUUUAGUGCCUGCCUUCAGGCCUUUUCUGAACCAGAAAAUGUUGAUGAUUUCUGGAGCAGUGCCCUGCAAGCAAAGUCUGCGGGUGUGAAAACAUCUCGCUUUGCCUCAUUCCCUGAAUACUUGGUAGUGCAGAUAAAGAAGUUCACUUUUGGUCUUGACUGGGUUCCUAAAAAAUUUGAUGUUUCGAUUGACAUGCCAGACCUACUUGAUAUCAACCAUCUCCGAGCCAGGGGGUUGCAGCCAGGAGAGGAGGAACUUCCAGAUAUCAGUCCCCCCAUAGUUAUUCCUGAUGACUCAAAAGAUCGCCUGAUGAACCAAUUGAUAGACCCAUCAGACAUCGAUGAGUCAUCAGUGAUGCAGCUGGCUGAGAUGGGUUUCCCUCUCGAAGCGUGUCGGAAGGCUGUGUACUUUACUGGAAAUAUGGGAGCCGAGGUGGCCUUCAACUGGAUCAUUGUUCACAUGGAAGAGCCAGAUUUUGCUGAACCACUGACCAUGCCUGGUUAUGGAGGAGCAGCUUCCACUGGAGCCUCUGUUUUUGGUGCUAUUGGAUUGGACAACCAACCUCCAGAGGAGAUUGUAGCCAUCAUCACCUCCAUGGGAUUCCAGCGCAGUCAGGCUCUUCAGGCUCUACGAGCCACGAAUCAUAAUCUGGAAAGAGCCCUGGAUUGGAUCUUCAGCCACCCUGAGUUUGAAGAGGACAGUGACUUUGUGAUUGAGAUGGAGAAUAAUGCCAAUGCAAACAUUAUUUCCGAGGCCAAGCCUGAAGGUCCUAGAGUCAAGGAUGGAUCUGGAAUGUAUGAAUUAUUUGCAUUCAUCAGUCACAUGGGAACAUCUACAAUGAGUGGGCAUUAUGUUUGCCAUAUCAAAAAGGAGGGAAGAUGGGUGAUUUACAAUGACCACAAAGUUUGUGCCUCGGAAAGACCCCCGAAAGACCUGGGCUACCUGUACUUUUACCGCAGGAUACCAAGCUAAACCUCAGAUAUACAAAUUGGCGAGAAGAAGCCAUAAGCCUUUUUAAUUUGCCAAAAAAAAAAAAAAAAAGAAAAAAAAGUUGGCACGGCCAGACAUGAAGGAAUUCUUGGGGUAUUUAUAGUUUGUUUAAAGAGCACGAUCAUUUGAUGCCUUCUGAAAUAGAACUGAAAGAAAUUUCUACUAGUGAUGAUACACUACUGGAGAUAGCUUUUCUUUUUAUAAAUGUUCAAGGAGAGGAUGAUUAAACAAUAAAAAACAAAAUAUUCCUAUUGCUGGCUGGAGAUCUGCCACUGGCAUAUAAAAAAUGGGAACGUGCCACCAGCCCUGUUUUGCUUUGUGAGUCAGUGGUAGUGGCUUCCAGAGAACCCAAUGAAAGUGGCCAGUGGGCAUGGCCUCAUCCACAAUAAACAAAAAGCCCACUUUAGUUUCAUAUCAAAAAUUAGCAUCUGGGCUUGGCUUUAUAUGUGAUAUAAUUUUUUUUCAUUACACACAAUAAUUUCUGACCUAUUCAUGUAUAAUAGAUUAAGCACAUCUGCAAUGAAAGAUAUUUUUAAUUUAUAUCGUAUCAAAAUUCAUAAUACGAUUUUUUGAAUGGGUGUGAGAAUGAGAGAGUGUGAGACCUUUACAGUUAACUAGAAAAUCUGUGACUGGUUGGUUUUUACAGGCUAAAACAGUUGAUAUUAAGCAUAGCUGGAAAAAGUUAAGUAAAUAUUUUAAAGAAACUAUGACUCAGGAACAGUUUAAAAAAUUAGUUCCCCACUGAUAUUUAAGGAGUGAAAGGGUUGACUUAACCUUUUAAGUGCUGUCAAGAAGUCACUAGAGUUUGUGACAUUUGAUGGUAAAAUGCCCGAUGCCCAAAGCAGCCCAUUGGUACACUUUGCCAAAAGUAGAUGAAUUCUCCGUUUCUCAGCAACCCUUCCCCCAAAGAUAUAGUGCUCAUUUUUGGUUAAAAUAGCUGAUGUCUUCUUACCAAAGCACAUGACGACUCCCUGGAAUCAUGUUAAAUGCUCCAAAUUUGUCUGUAAUUUUCCCGUCUCUGCACUCUUUACCUGUCUCCACUUCCAUGUUUUCUGGGGCCAGAGUUUCAUCUCUUCCCUUUCCUGUUUCAGCACAUCCUGACUUGCCUUUGCUGCUUAUUUGCUGCGACCAACAGUGGGAUCUUGGGCACUUCAGCAAUUUCAGAUGCAAAGAAACUUUGUAUGACAUUAUGACAGAUUGUCCUUUUCAUUUUGGUAUUUCAGUAUUUUAGUUGCAAACUGGGAUUAGAUCAGAAUUUCAAAUGCUGUUUUAAAAAAGUGAAACCACAGCACUCUGUAAUUUUCCUACUGCUCUGCAUCAAAUACCAGGGUGUCUAGGGUUUCUAUUUCAGAUUGUUUAGUCAAAUGAGAAAGGAUUGAAUGCUGACUGCUUAACAUGCAUUUGUUUGGUUGAAAGACUCUUUCUAGAAACUGUAGAGAAGUCAAGUAGAACCAGUUGUGUGUACAAAGCACAGACAGUGAAUGACAGUGUGAGGAGUUGUGAACAGUCAGGAUUCUGGUUAUGGCUGGGGCCCUUGUCUCACAGAUCCAUUGCACCAUGUGAGUCAGGGACGCGGAGCCCGUGGCCCGUAGCCUGGGAACCUGGGUGCUGCCCCUAACUGACUGUGGACCUUGAGCAAGUCCCUCAUCCUCUUCGUGCUUCACUUUCCUCAUCUGCACGACAGUGUGAUGACACCUGCCCUCUUUCCAACUGUGCUUUGAGGAUACAGUGAGAUACUUGAAAUGGUGAACCUUCAAAGAGUAGAAGGUGCUGUGCCUUGGUGGGUCCGAAUUGAGCAACCUCCUUCCCUUCUCUCAUAUGAUGUUUUCUUCUAUUUGGGGACAAAUGAGACUUGGCAGAAGGAGGGAGCUCACGGUGCAGUAAUUCUCUACUAACCUGUCCCCACUAGUGUCGCCUUUUGACAUCGACUUGGAGAUCUAAGGCAUCCCACUCUGUUACAGGAGUCCCUGACUCCUGUGGAAAUCCCCACGUUCAGCAGCCUUACGAAAAACCAGUCCCCUUCGGUCUGAGUAACAUAGAAUUGUGAUUCCAAACACACAUCAAAAAUGUUGCAAAGCGAAGGCCUUUUACUUUUCUGGGGGGUGGGGGGUGGGUUGGGGCUUUGGAAUGAAAUGUGGACAAAGAUAGCAUGUGUAUUUUGAACAAAAUAAAAAUUUUAUAAUAAAACUUUGCAAAAUGAAUGGUGUAAAAUCAGUAUUUGAAAUUAUAGGCUAUAAUUUGUUUAAUUUCAUUAAGUAGAAAAAAGAAAUUUAGCCCUUUUGUUGCUUAAACAUGUUGUAAGAAAGUGUAACGUGGCUGCCUUUUUUCUGCCUCACAAAACAAAGGGCUAUUUCUACAAGGCAAAGUUUUGUAUAUGUGCUAUUCUUUAUUUCGGAUUGAGAGUUGAGAAAACUGGAGCAAAUUAUGGGUUUCUUUCUUGCUUAAAAUGUAUUUAUAUGUAUAUCUUAAUGUAUACGAGGCAGGUUUCCUGGGAAUAAAAGUCUGGAACAUACUACUUAAUUUUACACAUAUAAUAGGUGAGAUUAUUUGCAACUGAAAACUGGAAUAGUAUGUACUUCAUGUCACCUGAUUAUUAGCCUUUUAGGGACCCUCUGUGUGAGGCGUGGGUAUAAUUGUAAAAUCCUCACUAUGUGUGGGUGUAUGUGUGAAAGCACUCUUCCUGUAAAUAUCUUUUGAUGUCCUUUUGUGUAGAAUCUCAGUGAAUGUGUCUGGAAAAAUGUAACAUAUCAAAGUUUUUAUUUUGUCAAUUGUUAAAUGCUCACGUAACUAAUCAGAAAUCCAGUUUGGUUCAUAUUGGAAUUUUCUUUUAAAGGCAAAAUAAUAUGUAUGUGGAAAGCACUAUUGGAAGAACUGGGUUUUAGUGACAUUUUGUGGCCAUCAACAUUGUUUCAGAAUUUUGGAGUCAGCUGGGCUGUUUUCUCCGACCUACAAGAGAAUGUGCCUGUUAUUCCCCUACUGCUCACUUUGGACUGCAGAAAGUGCAGUGGGAGUAGCUCGAGCCUGUCACUCCUAGCAUCGUUUAUUCCCGUUAUCUGAACCAGAGACUUACCUGCAGCUCCUAAGAGCACCUGGGUGUGCGUCCUGACUCUGCCUCCAAGUGUGAUGUGGCCGAGUCUUUUACCUCUUUGGGCUUUUUCCUUUAAAUCAAGUAGGUUGGACUAAAUGAGCUCCGAAGUCCCUUCCUGCCCUAACAUUCUAUUCCAUUUUUAUUUCCCUACUAUUACUACUGAGGUCAGAUAUGUGAGAUCACUUAGAGGUUUAACUAUUAUGUUUUAGGUUUGUUACAGCUUAUGUACCCCAGUUUAGGACUUGUGUCCUUUUUAGUGCCCCCAGCCCCAGUUCUGUUCCUGCUUCACUUACCUUUGCUUUCUUUGGUAAUCAUCCCAUUUUUCCACUCUUGAAAUUUCCAACUUUCCAGUCCAUGAGAUACAUUAUUACCACCCCCUUCUAAAGCCAACAAAAGAUAACAAUUCAAAAUAACCCCCUUAGAAAAACAUCAGAACGACCUUCUGCUAAAUGUGUAAUAUUUAAAGAGUAUUUUGUACUCUCAGUUAUAGCUGUGAAAAAUUGUCCAUCUCAGAAAGGAUGUCUUUUCAUCUUGGAGGGAUCACUGUUGCUGAAUCAGAUCAUCAGCACAAGCCAUCUGUGGGGAGAUGGCAGGUGUGGGACAGGACCAGGGUGAUGAGAUGAGGUGAAAUGUGGUUCUUCCCUUUACUCUUAGGUAAAAAGUGCUAGGUUACAGAGUAAGGUUUUUUACUCCUAAGCUGGCGUAGACCACCUCCUACAUAAUCUCAUGGAGGGUCCCUGCUUGGUCAGCCAUCUCAAGGAGUUUGUAUUAAGAUCCUCUAGACCUGUGCUGUCCACUACAGUGUUCAAUAACCAUAUGUGGCUAACGAGCACUUGAAAUUUGGCUUGUCCAAAUUGAGAUGUGUUGUAUGUGUGAAAUCCAUGCUCGAUUUUGCUAAUUUGGUACCCAAAAAAGAAUAUAAAAUAUUUUGGCAAUAUUUUACAUUGAUUACAUGCUGACAUGUUAUUUUGAUUGUAUGAAUUAAACAAUAUAUCAUUAAAAGUAAUUUUGCUGAUCCCUUUUAACUUUUUUUAGGUAGCUACUAAAAAUUUUUAAAUUAGAUGUGGCUCACAGUGUACUGCUUUUGGACAGUGCUGCUCUAGGCUCUAGAUGGUGUGGGGUAGUGAGGUAGGCAGUAAAAUACUAUAGAUAUGAAACAUAAUUCUAUGAAGCAUCCAGAUAGACAAAAGUGACACACACAGUUUUGCUGGAAUCAGGAACCCUAUGAGGCACAGAACACCUUCCAGAGAGCAGAUUUUUCUGCCUAAAUAUCAAUAUGUAUAAGACCCCAAUUAAAAAACAAAAUCAAAUGAGCCCCCAACUCCCUUCCUUCAACUUUGCCUACGGGCUGCUACCUUUUCCCUUUCUUCUCGAGCAUCUUCCAGGUGCCAAGGACGUUAGCCACAUGAGGGCGUUGGACGUAUUUGUGUCCUUUUAGGCAACAUUCUCUUGUGGUUUCCCCUCCCCAGGUCUUGUUUAGUCUGUUUAGAACUGAGUGUGUUGAAAUACUGUGCAAAUCUUGCCGUUCCCGAUGGGCCACUUUUCUCGGCCUGUGCCCACCCUGCCCAGCAGGUUUUGUUGUUAGUUCCCAAAAGAGUUUUUAUUUAUUUUAUUUUGCACUAGUCACGGUUGUUUAAAAUAUUGCAGGUGUUUUGGGAGAGUAUUUGCCUGUGAUGGAAAGAGAGAUGGAUGAUUUACUGCUUCAAUUGUUUUAAAAUUAAAAGCUAUUCUCACAAC